GUGAGCCGAGAUCCUGCCACUGCACUCCAGCCUGGGUGAUGGAGCGAGACCCCAUCCUGUACAGAUGAGAAAACAGACCUGGAGGAAACCCAAGUCCAUCAACAGCAGAGAAACCACAACCUAUGUCAGUGCAAAGAAGCCAAGUGUUGUGCAACCCUAUUGGGAUCCAGCUCACAUUGAGCCAGUUUUGUUUUUUGAGCUGUUAGGCAAGUGCCUUCUGUUGAAGAGAAGCUUUACUCAAUUCUACAGGGCAGCCCCCUUCCUAUUUUCAGUGGUAGAAAAGAUGAGACCUGGGGAUCCGCACUUGAGGCUGUAGGUUGGUGCUGGCAGCCCUGCUUCUGCAACUGAGUCUCAGCCCUGAUCUUGACCUUGUUCUUUUUCUCUACCAGAAGCUUUUUCUCUUUCUAACCCUACCUGCCAAUAUAUCCACUUCAUACUAUCCAUUGUUCAUACACUUCUCUACCUUUAUUCCUCUUCUCAUACUCCUCCCUUCACCAGAGUGUCUUUUUCCACCAUCUUCAUCUGAGUUCAAUUCAUCCUUCAGAAAGGUCCCAGCUCAAAUUCCACCUUCACCAAAGAGCUUCCCAGUUUUCUCCAGUAAAAAAUAGCCUCCCUUCCUUGUGUUCCCAAGGGGGAAAGAAGGAAAAAGGAUAAACAAGCAUUAAGCACUUGAUCCAUUUUAAGCACUUUGCAUAUGUCACUUUUGUGAGGUAGGUAUUGCCAUUUUAAUGAUAAAAGAGUUGGAGAGGGUAGGCUGUCUGUAAAAGGUCAAGGUCACAUAACUAGUAAGUGGUGGUGCUGGGGAUUUGAACUCAGUAUAACUUCAGAAUAUAACUUUACAGCCUGCCACAUUUGGUCUCCUAUUACAUUUACUUGUGCCAAUUAACUCCUCUAGCAUGCUGUUUUGCAAGUAGUGUUUUAGUUAAACGUUUGUGACACUGACUUCUCUUGCUUCCCUACUCUGUUUCUCCAGGAUUUGUGGCAGGAGUCUCCCUGCCUUAAUCAUAAAGGAAUUGAGUAAAUUGGGGGUGGAGCUGGGCAGGUGGAGAGCCUGAAAGAGUGUGCCUCCUGACGUGUGGGCUCCCUGGAGAUAAGUAAAGUCUGCAGCCUGACAAGUCCAUUGCCAGGGAUAUUGUAGACAUUUCCAACGCUCUAGAAAGGAUAUUGCUCUAUAUUCACAGACUCUGUUAGAGCUGGAAGGGGAUUAAGAAAUCACCUAGCUUUGGUUUUCAAAUAUGCAGUUGUGGGCCCCAUUGUUAAAAAUGGGUCUUUUGAGAAGUAUAUACUUAAAAAAAAAAAAAAAAGUUGGAGAAGCAGCUGUAAUAAUGCUGCCCCUCUCAUUCCCACACACAAACAUCUGAAAAAUCUCUAGAACUGAGGAGCCGAGUUUUGAAAGUCAAUAGUGUAACCUCCCUCAUUAGAUGCAGAUCAAGUCUAGUCAUGACUAAGGCUGCACAUGCAGCCCGUUAGUUUGGGAGCCAAUACCUAAUGUCUUCUGAAGUUCUAAUUCCAAUGCUUUCUGUGGAAGAAUCAUACAUAUGCAGUAUUUCUUAAGUGGCUGUUUGCGGCAAAGCACUGAAAUAGUUGCUAUGAGGACGACAAAUAUAAACGACCCAAGUUGUACCCGCUCAUGAGCUCACAGUUGAGGCCAAUGAAGAACCUAGAGACAAAACACGCACUUAACCAUAACUUAUAGUUCCCUAACUACGAUUGCUGAGAUAAGGAUCGUAGUUAUGGCCAGUUAUGGGCGGAGGGUGAGCUGAACAAUGAGACUACCGGAUUGAGAGAGGCCCGGGCCUCGAGGGGAGAGAAGGGGCAGGAGGAGCCAGAGGGUCCAACUCAGGUGAGAAAUAUGGCUGGCGGGCCCCACACCAGGGUCCGGCGCAGUCCCGCUGGAAAAGGGGUCGCCCUCCACGGGUAUUCACAGCUCGGUCCACUCAUUUCUACCCUGGCUGCAAAAUCCGAAGGACGCUGGGCGGAAGGGGCGGGGCUUGUGGCGGAAGUUCCUAGGCCAGCCUGUCAGGUUGGAGGGAGUCUCCGCGCCCAGCUCGCGCUCAGGAAGCAUGGCACUCUGGCGGGCAUACCAGCGGGCCCUGGCUGCUCACCCGUGGAAAGUACAGGUCCUGACAGCUGGAAUAUUGCUGCCUGCCAUCCCCACGAGCAGCUGGUGGAGAGGCGGGGUCUGCAGGAACACCAGAGAGGCCGGACUCUGACUAUGAUGUCCCUGGGCUGUGGCUUUGUGGGCCCUGUGGUAGGAGGCUGGUACAAGGUUUUGGAUCGGUUCAUCCCUGGCACCACCAAGGUGGAUGCACUGAAGAAGAUGAUGUUGGAUCAGGGGGGCUUUGCCCCGUGUUUUCUAGGCUGCUUUCUCCCACUGGUAGGGGCACUCAAUGGACUGUCAGCCAAGGACAACUGGGCCAAACUACAGCGGGAUUAUCCUGAUGCCCUUAUCACCAACUACUAUCUAUGGCCUGCUGUGCAGUUAGCCAACUUCUACCUGGUCCCCCUUCAUUACAGGUAUGUCGCAUCCCUACCCCACCCAUCAAGGAAUACCCACGUUACCAACAGUUGGAGACAAAAUGAUUCUCAUUUCAACCUUGAGCUACCUUAGACCCCCAACUGGAACACUGAGCCCUGAUCAGAGUUUCUCAGAUUCCCAAGCAUGUUAUUCAGAUGUCUAGCCAUUUCCAGAAACCGUCCAGAGUGUCUGCCCACUGACCUUCUUCAUCUCCCUAGGGAGGAUCCUGCUUCUACCACCCUUGUCUCCAUCCCACCUGGGGCUCCGCCUUUGAUGGCGUAUCUGGAGGGACAGUGGCGGGGGUGCUGCAGCCUAGGUUAGACAGAGAGGUAGACCAGAAAGCCAAGUAGAAGCCUGGCCAGACACUCAUGAUAAAGACAGUUGCUGAACUGCACCCAAAAAAAUAGUAGAACUGAAGAUGUGUGGUUCAAAUGCUUGGAGGUGAGGGAUUGUGGGAACAGGGGAAAAUAAGGGGGAACAUGGCCAAAAUUUACAUGAAUAACAUAGCUAAAAUGAAUACAGACUGGCUGGGCAUGGUGGCUCACACCUGUAAUUCUAGGACUUUGGGAGGCUGAGGCGAGAGGUUU